AUGUUCGGCAAACGCUCUUUCGCUAGCUCGAAGGAGAAAGACCGCUCAGGCAAGAUUACCAAACAGCCGAAGAGAUCGUUCCGCGAUGCGUCCAAGCAGAAGGUGAUGGUCGAGAAGCUGGAUGCGCGCAAGGACAGUCCAAUGAUGGACGGUGGGUCACCAUCGCUCACCUCUGCCAUUGUGACAGUGAUCGUUGGUUCCGACCAGCGACUGUUCGCCGCGCACGAAGACGUCCUCUGUCAUUCCCCGUACUUUGCUGAACUGCUGCGGGGCCAGUUCUUCGAAUCCGCUAACCGCCGCAUCGAUCUGCCCACGGAGGAACCUGAGAUUUUCAGCUGCAUCCUCGAGUACCUGUACAAAGGUGACUACUACCCGCGCCUUGUCCACGACAAGCGACGCCAAACCUGGAUGCUCGAAGGUGCAGUUGCCUCACCCGACCCAAACAAAACCGGCGACCGCGCGGCCGCCGUCGAGCCAACCUUUUUCCACUCCGGCGUAGGCGACGUCAUUCUGCGCGACACAGCCGUGUACUGCGCAGCCGAUAGUUACGGCCUCGAAGAGCUCAAGAAGCUCUCUUUGCGCAAGCAGGGCCUGCAGAGCGGGAUCGAGGUCGGAACCAUCUUGCGCAGCGCACGCUACGCGUACGAGAACACGCCGGACAGCGACUCGCGGCUGCGCGCUCAUUACCUCGCUCUGAUUAUCCGCAGUCGGAAAACUUUCAAGCGUAGUGGCACCAUGCAGAUGGAGAUGGAGAUGGGGGGAAAACUGUUCUUUGACCUGUUCGUGGCUAUGUGCAAUCAUGUCGAUGAUCUUGUGGACGCGAGCGCCAGCGCCCGCGGCACUCCCAGGACCAUCUAA